GAGUGAGAGAAAGAAAGAUAGCCGCUAUCGCAGAUCGGGGGGUAGAGGUCAGGCACUGAGUAAUCAUUCUUCUCUCUCGCUCUCUCCUCUCCGGAGUCAUCGUUUCCAUAUCAGUCCUACGGUAGUACACAUCGAACCUUAGUCGAGAUGUUGGCGCGCACAGUUAAACAUUUUUUCCGCAAAAUAGGAGAAAGACAGUACAGCAAGGUCGGCAUCAUAGGGGUGCCUUUCGACAAGGGGCAGAGAAAAGCGGGAGUCGGCGAAGCUCCUGACAUAAUAAGAUCGGCGGGGUUGGUCAACGAAUUGCAAGGCUUGGGAUUGAAUGUUCACGAUUAUGGAAAUGUGCAAUAUGAAACUGCUAGCAUAAAUGUGGAUAAUAUGCCAAAUUUGGGCGACGUGGCCGCGUGUACUCAAAAAUUAUCAGAAAUGGUCCAGCAAUCCUUGAGAGACGGCAGGCGGGUUUUAACAAUAGGCGGAGAUCACAGCAUAGGAAUCGGUUCCAUAGAUGGUCAUGUCAAGGUAGACAAAGAUGUAGCAAUACUAUGGAUAGACGCUCACGCAGAUUUGAAUACAAAUAAAACCAGCGAAAGCGGAAAUGUUCAUGGAAUGCCAGUGGCUUUGUUAGCUUCAGAGUUGGCUGACUACUGGCCUUACUUGCCAGGAAUGGAUUGGCAACAACCAAUUGUAUCAAUCCGGAAUGUGGGCUACAUUGGCCUUAGGUCAGUUGAUAGAUAUGAGAGAUUAGUCAUAGAGAAAUUUGGAAUUACAGCCUUUGGAAUGGAAGAUGUAGAAAGAUUCGGAAUUCACGAAGUUGUAAACAUGGCUUUGAGAAAAAUUGAUCCAGAUAACAAUAGAUCUCUACAUGUCAGUUUCGACAUUGAUUCACUGGAUCCACUGGAAGCUCCAAGCACUGGAACACCAGUGAGAGGAGGAUUGUCUCUGAGAGAAGGUAUCCACUUGAUGGAAGAUUUGUACAGAACCAACAGAUUAAAUGCCCUUGAUCUGGUGGAAGUAAAUCCAAGAAUAGGAGAUAAAAAAAGUGUUGACUUUACCGUUGAAGCUGCUAUACAUAUAAUCCAAGCUGGUUUUGGAUACUCUAGGAGAGGUUUAAAAGUUCCUGAAGGAAUCACUGACUUGCCUUUGCAAACAUUUAGAUAAUAAGAAUAAACUGUAAUACACGAUAUACAAAUCAA